UUUCAAGAUGCCACUCUUAGAAAUAUUGCCUCUCUAUAUUGUUAAAUCUCUCCAAUAUAUUAUCUCCUUACCAAUCAUAGGACUAGUUAUUUACCUCAUUCAAAAUGAAAUCAUUCGAUAUCGCAGUAGGAUAAAGAAUCUCCCCGGGCCUCGCGGAUGGCCCAUCGUUGGGAAUCUUUUCCAACAUUCCGAUGUAAUACCUGCGGAAACAUACCGAAGAUGGUCUUUCAAGUACGGUCCGGUAUUCCAGAUCCAGCUCGGCAACACUACCGCAGUUGUUAUCAACUCCGCGCGGGCAGCUAAGCAAUUGUUCCUCGGGCAGAGCCAUGCGAUGAACUCGCGGCCGACAUUUUAUGUGUUCCACAAGAAAGUUAGUAAGGCCGUGACGAGCAUUGGGACCAGCCCUUGGGACGAGAGUUGUAAGCGGAGGAGAAAGUUGGCUGCAGGGGCAAUGAAUAGGACCCGCGUGGAUACAUACGGGCCGCUCCUGGACCUAGAGGCGCGCGAGUUCCUCAAGGACCUAUAUUCGGCAUGCCGGGAUGGUACUGUUGAGAUCGACUUCCGGCCCGCCGUGAAGCGCUUCUCGCUAAACUUGAGCCUGACACUGAAUUAUGGGACGCGUGUGUCGAGCGUCAAAUCUCUAACCGACGACCCGCUCCUAUCUGAGAUCAUCUACGUCGAAGGCGAGAUCUCCAAGCUCCGCGACACUGGCAAGAACUACGCCAACUACAUCCCUUUACUGCGGUAUUGGGAGCCCCUGGCGCAGUUUCUAGGGCUUGAUGCGCAGCCAAAAAACCACGCGGCGGAUAUCGGACGUCGCCGAUUAGAGUAUAAUGAUAUCCUCUUGGAAAAGCUGAAGGAUGAAGUGCAGAGGGGUGAAGAUAAGCCGUGCAUUCAGGGGGCCGUGCUCAGAGAUCCGGAAUCUGCGACAGUAACGAGGGAAGAGCUGAUUAGCGUUAGCUUGAGCAUGAUGGCGGGGGCUGACUCGAACCAACCUACCCUCUCAUGGGCCUGCUUGCUUCUCGCGCACCGACCAGACAUACAAGAAAAGGCUUAUUCCGCAAUCAGAGAUGCAGGGGUCCUCAGCUUACCAUCAAACGCAUAUGCUUCUACGAAAGUCGAGUACAUCGACGCCUUAACGAAGGAAAUCUCACGAUACUUCGUAGUAUUGAAGCUAGCCCUCCCCAAGGCCACUUACACCGAUGUGACUUGGGAGCGUGCCACGAUUCCGGCUAAUACAAUGGUUUUCCUAAACUCCUGGGCUUGUAAUCGAGAUCCGGAACUCUUCACUGAACCAGAAACGUUUAUCCCCGAGCGCUGGCUGCAAAAUUCUUCUGAAGUACACGCCCACCAAUUCGCAUUUGGAAUCGGCGGGCGGAUGUGCGUCGCAUCGCAUUUGGCUCACAAUGCUUUAUAUACGGUGUUCUUGCAUCUAAUUGCGCAUUUCCGUAUCCUGCCAGCUGAAGGAGAAACAAUAGAGGCAAUUGAUCCGAUUAAGGGGUUAAAAGGCAUGGCCUUUGUCGGUACCCCACGCGGGUGGCGCGCUAGAUUUAUCCCAAGGGGAGGAGAAAAGCUUGCAACUUGGUUAGAAAGUCCCGAUGGUUCAUGAUAGGAAAUGGCGAGCCGUGGCUAUAAGAUUGGCAGCCAAUUGGAAAGUUGUACUUUAUUUAGAACAUUUAGGGAUGUGGAUGAAGACUCGGAAAUUACGCCCAAGUUACUGUAUAUCAAUCUUCAUAUUGCAAGUGACUUAGCACAUGCCCCUUUUCAGGCAAUAGUAACAGCUGUAUCAUCAAGACAUUCUAAAACAUUUUAAUAGGCAGCAGGUACAACGCCUA